UGUAGGGGCGGAGCUUUGGCCGGGGGCGGAGCUCUGUGCGAAGGGGCGGGGCUCUGCGGGCCCUACUGCCCGCACACACCUGGCUGGAGCCGCGAGGGUCCCGCAGCCGGAGCCAGGGCUGGUGCCGCUCGCAGCCCCGGGGAGCCCGGCCCGCCGGAGCUCAGCCCCGCACUCCCAGGGCGCAGCAGCCGGAGCCGAGAUGGACCCCGAGUCUGGGGCCGGGGACCUGGAGACCGCCCGGCUGGUGAGCGCCCGGGGCAGCCGCAGCACCGGCACCCGGCGCCUCAAGAGUCUCUUCACAGGCUCCCAGGAGCCCGCCCCCGGCCUGCCCCUGGAGACCAGCCCCGUGGCUCCGUCCCUGGAGCUGGAGCUGGAGCGGCGCCUGGCCAGGCACUGCCACCGCAGCCCCCCCGCCCCCAGCCAGAGCCGUGCGGAGCUGCAGGCCUGCCAGAAGCUGGGCAUCACCUGCGCCAUCUGCUUCGUCUUCAUGGUCGGCGAGGUCGUCGGCGGGUACCUGGCACACAGCCUGGCCAUCAUGACUGACGCUGCCCACCUGCUGGCGGACGUGGGGAGCAUGUCGGUCAGCCUCUUCUCCCUGUGGGUCUCCGCCAGGCCGCCCACCAAGGCCAUGACCUUCGGCUGGCACCGCUCAGAGACGCUGAGCGCCCUGGCCUCCGUGCUGUCCAUCUGGGUCGUGACCGGAGUCCUGGUGUACCUGGCCUCAGCCCGCAUCAUCAGCAACGACUACGAGAUCGACGCACGUGCCAUGCUGGUCACCUCCGCCUGCGCCGUGGGCAUCAACGUCAUCAUGGCCUACAUCCUGCACCAGUCGGUCACGGGCCACGGCCACGCCCGGGGCUACGAGAAGAUGGAGGAGAGUCCUGGCUGCUGCGCGCCCCCCGGGAGCCCCCUGCCCGGCAGCACCAGCGUGCGCGCCGCCUUCGUGCAUGUGGUGGGGGACCUGCUGCAAAGCCUUGGGGUGCUGACAGCGGCCACCGUCAUCUACGUGGAGCCCCAGUACAAGAUCGCAGACCCCAUCAGCACCUUCCUCUUCUCCGUCUUCGUGCUGGGCUCCACCGUCACCAUCCUCAGGGACGUCUUCCGGGUGCUCAUGGAAGGGGCGCCGCGGGGUGUCGAGUUCAGUGCAGUGAAGGACGUGCUGCUGGCCGUGAAGGACGUGAAGGACGCCCACAACCUGCACCUCUGGGCCCUGACCCUCGGCCACCACGUGGUGUCUGUGCACGUGGCAGUUGGUGCCGGCGCGGACAUGGAAGACGUGCUGCAGGAAGCCACCGCCCAGCUGCAGAGAACCUUUGGCUUCGUCUCGUGCACGGUGCAGGUGGAGCGGUACCUGGAGGACAUGGCUGCCUGCCGCCAGUGCCAGGACCCCCGGGACUGAGCACUGGGCCCGCAGCGCUUGGCACCAGAGAUGGAGACGCCCCAGCCCCAGCCUCUGCUCUGCCCAGCAGGCCCCCACGUCCAGCCAGCUGGCUGUGGGGCUGCCCCACCAGGCCCUAGCCUUGGCUCUUUGCACUGCCAAUGGGGUGCAAGAGCCCCACCCACACUGACCCUGGGGCUGCCCCCCACAGGUAGGGGAGAGCCAUGGGGCAGCUGGAGCUCGGGCAGAGGGGCCCUGCUGGGACCCUUCUCCCCAUCUGCCUCUGGUGAGCUCUUGGGAAAUGGGGGA